CCAUCUUAACGACGGUUCGGUCCACCUAAUCCGUCUUCCUUGGCGGAAGAACCGCUUCGAAGACGGCGGGCUCUGCGCACGCUCGGGUGCCCUCCCCCUCGUUCGCUUCACUCGGAGAAUUACGGCGCGGGGGUGGGGCCUCGCUGACUCCUGCCCCGGAAGUUUUUCCCGCGGGGAAGCGCGCACGUUGAGCCGGCUUCGGCGCUCCAGCUUCCAGGCUGCCCCGCGACCAUGUCUUCCAAGAAGAACCGAAAACGGCUCAGCCGGAGCUCGGACGGCGGGUCGCCCUCGCCCGCCGCGGCGGCUCACGCCCCGGCGGGGGCCUCGGCGGCUCGUGCCGAAGCCGGCUCCGCGGCGGCGACCGGGACUCUGGCGGUGAUCAACUUCUUAGAAAAGGAUGACAAGAUUCCCAAGAAGUUCCAGAACUCCCUGGUUCAGCUCGGGCUGGGCACCAUGAAGUCCACGAACAUCUGCAUAGGCCGGCCAGUGCUGCUGACCGGCCUGCACGGGAAGCAGGAGGUGUACACGGCCUGGCCUGUGUCCGGGUUUCCUGGCGGCAAGGUGGGCCUGAGCGAGAUCGCCCAGAAGAACGUGGGCGUCCGAGUCGGCGACGCCAUCCACGUCCAGCCUCUGCUGGGCGCCGUGCUGCAGGCCGAGGAGAUGGACGUGGCGCUCAGUGACAAGAAUGUGGAUAUCAGUGAGGAACAACUGGUUGACUGUCUUCUGAGAAAACUCGAUGGCAAGAUUGUUUUGCCGGGCAACUUCCUGUACAUCACGUUCUACGGACGGCCGUGCAAGUUGCAGGUGCUGCAGGUGAAGGGGGCGGACGGCAUGGUGCUGCGCCAGCUGCGGAGCGACCCUGACGCCGACGCCCAGGGAGCGGCCCCCGAACGGGCCGGCGCCGAAGCCGGUGCCCAAGCCGACGCCCUGGAUCUGCCCUUACACCUAAGCCAGCUGGAUCUGGGCGAGACCCACGUCCCACCGUCAGGCAGUGCUCCCUGCACACCAGCAGGUGACAGGAAGAAAGAUAGAGCUGGUGACACGGUGUCGGGUGUCACCCAGAGUCCCGGUGGCAGCAGCAGCGGGCUCGAGCUCGAGGAAGUCACAGCCCCUGACUGCAGCUUUGCGUCUGCCGGGGAAGGGAGCGAGGACCUCACCGGAGGAGAGAGCGUGCCAGCGGCAGCCAGCCUGGGGGCCCAGCGCAACACUGACACGUUUUAUUUCAUUUCUGCGGCCACCAGGGUCAACUUUAUAAAAAGUCACACAAAUUCAAAGGAGCAAGAGAGCCAAUUCAAAGUAACUUACGACAUGAUAGGAGGCUUAAACGGUCAGCUGAAAGCAAUCAGAGAAAUCGUUGAACUCCCCCUCAAGCAGCUGGAACUGUUCAAGAGUUACGGAAUCCCCCCGCCCAGAGGAGUGCUGCUCUACGGCCCGCCCGGGACUGGGAAGACCAUGAUCGCCAGGGCCAUCGCCCACGAGGUCGGGGCCUACGUGUCCGUGAUAAAUGGCCCGGAAAUCGUGAGCAAGUUCUAUGGGGAGACCGAAGCAAGGCUGCGUCAGAUAUUUGCCGAGGCCACGCUGAGGCACCCGUCCGUUAUUUUCAUCGAUGAGCUGGACGCGCUCUGCCCUAAAAGAGAAGGGGCCCAGAACGAAGUGGAGAAGAGAGUCGUGGCUUCCCUCCUGACGCUGAUGGACGGCAUCGGCUCGGAAGGGAGCGAAGGCCAGGUGGUGGUCAUCGGGGCCACGAACCGCCCGCAUGCUCUGGACGCCGCCCUCCGCCGCCCCGGGCGGUUCGACAGAGAGAUCGAGAUCGGCGUCCCCAACGCCCGGGACCGGCUGGACAUCCUGCGGAAGCUGCUCCGGAGGGUGCCCCACGCCCUCGCGGACGCCGAGCUGCUGCGCAUGGCCGACAGCGCCCACGGCUACGUCGGCGCGGACCUGAAAGCCCUGUGCAACGAGGCAGGUCUCUGUGCCUUGCGGAGAGUCCUGAAGAAGCAGCCUCACCUCCCUGACAGCAAGGUGGCGGGGCUGGUGAGGGUCACUCUGGGUGACUUCCUGCAGGCGAUGAACGAAGUCAGGCCCAGCGCCAUGAGGGAGGUCGCAGUCGACGUUCCGAACGUGUCCUGGUCAGAUAUCGGGGGGCUGGACACCAUCAAACUGAAGCUGAAGCAGGCUGUGGAGUGGCCCCUGAAGCACCCGGAGGCUUUCACCCGGAUGGGCGUCCAGCCCCCUAAGGGCGUUCUUCUGUACGGGCCCCCCGGGUGCUCGAAGACGAUGAUCGCCAAGGCUUUGGCCAACGAGAGCGGACUGAAUUUCCUGGCCGUAAAGGGGCCCGAGCUCAUGAACAAGUACGUCGGCGAGUCGGAGAGAGCCGUUAGAGAGGUCUUCCGCCGAGCGAGAGCCGUGGCUCCUUCCAUCGUCUUCUUCGACGAGCUGGACGCCCUGGCGGUCGAGCGCGGCAGCUCUUCGGGCGCGGGGAACGUGGCCGACCGCGUGCUGGCGCAGCUCCUCACGGAGAUGGACGGCAUCGAGCAGCUGAAGGACGUGACCGUCCUGGCCGCCACCAACCGCCCGGACCGGAUAGACAAGGCGCUGAUGCGGCCUGGGAGAAUCGACAGGAUCAUCUACGUGCCCUUGCCCGACGCAGCCACGCGGAGGGAGAUCUUCAACCUGCAGUUUCACUCCAUGCCCAUCGGCCAGGACGUGGACCUGAAUGAGCUCAUCCUGCAGACGGACACGUACUCGGGGGCAGAGGUCAUCGCCGUGUGCAGAGAGGCGGCCCUGCUGGCGCUGGAGGAGGACAUGAAGGCCACGUGCAUCCGGAGGAGGCACUUCGCCCAGGCCCUGAGCACGGUGACGCCCCGCAUCCCCGAGUCCCUGCGGCGCUUCUACGAAGACUACCGCGAGCAGAGCGGGCUCCACGCCCUCUGACGGCCUGCCUGCCGGUUCGUGGGGCUGGAGGUGCUUCCUGGAGAAACUGGUUUGGCUUGAGGUUUCUUGUGGAGGGUGUUGAAUCUUUGAGAAGCGCAGUGUCCAGGGUGUUGGUGAAGGGCCUGCAGCUCGUGGAGACAUUCUGAGUUCUGUGGGCGCACUGAAGGUGUCCGUGAAAACCCCUGGGCCGGAGUUUCGUCCGUUCUACCUGGACACGUGCCCUCAGUUUUAAAACACAAACUUCCCAGCUUUUUUAUUUUGGACCUGGCUCCUCCAUCCCAUGAAACACCUCCC